GUAUCUUUGUCUCAUUACCCCCGCGACAAAGAAUCAUGAGAAUCAUGAUUGUGAUAAGAGGAAUCGUCUGCAAAUUUACAGCAUGAAUUCGAAAUGACCGAGAGACCUAGUAUACCGAAACCCGAGAAAAAAGAACCCGAGAUAGAAGGGUCUAAGCAAGAUGACCACCAACACAACACUCUCAAAUACUCUCUCCUCGGGCCUUCGCUCACUAAAGCCGGCCAGGACUCCGUCGAUCAAUCUAAGGUUUCGGAAAUCAUUUAUAACGCAUCCAAAGGAUCCAAGUUCUUUAACCGCGAAGAAGUCAAAGACAAAAUCUUGACGCAGAAGAUCGAGCAGAUUCUAGAGAAGAAGCGGCGUCUGGAGAAGCUCGAUCUAACUCGCGAGCUCCGAGCUGCCGACCAACUCAUAACCCAGCUAGAGGUCUCCCGUGACCUGACACAGUAUAUAGUCCACGUCGAUUGCGACGCCUUCUACGCUGCUGUCGAGCAGCUCGACCGACCCGAGCUCAAGGAUGUCCCAUUCGCCGUUGGAAGUGGCGUGCUCACCACCUGUAAUUACCUCGCUCGAAAAUUCGGCUGUCGAAGCGGCAUGGCCGGCUUCGUCGCCAAGAAGCUCUGUCCUAACCUCCUCCUUCUCCCUCUCAACUUUGACAAAUACACCUCCAAAGCCCAGGAGGUCCGGCAAGUAUUGGCGCAAUACGAUCCAAGGUUCCAAAGCGCUAGUAUAGACGAGGCUUAUCUCAACAUUACCGAAUAUUGUGUCGAACAUAACAUGACGCCCGAGGAUACUGUCCAGCAAAUGCGAGAUGAGAUUCAUGAGAAGACGAAGAUUACGGUUUCUGCUGGAAUUGCCGCAAAUGCGAAGCUGGCUAAAAUCUGUUCCAACAUGAACAAGCCUAAUGGCCAGUACAUCCUGCCUAACGAUCGCAAUGCUAUAAUGAAUUUCAUGCGUGACCUUCCGACAAGAAAGGUAAAUGGAAUUGGGCGGGUUUUAGAACGGGAGUUGCAGGAGAUAGGAGUCAAAACAUGUGGCGAUAUCUAUCCACAUCGUCAAUGCAGACGUCAACUUUUCGGUGAGAAGACGUACGAAUUCCUGCUCAUGUGCUAUCUCGGGCUGGGCAGAACCGAAGUCCAGCCCGUUGAGGAAUUCGAGCGGAAGAGCGUCGGAACCGAAAGCACGUUCCGAGAUCUUUCAGACCCAGUACAACUGAGAGAAAAAUUGAAGCAGACAGCUGACGAAUUGGAAAAGGAUAUGCGAAGAGCCGAGUGCAAAGGCCGGACUCUUGUCUUGAAGGUAAAGUUACAUACAUACGAAGUUUUAACAAGGCAAGUUGUGACGCCAAGAGCCAUUUGCGCCGCGGACGACUUAUACAAUUAUUCAUUGCCUGUCUUGGCAAAGCUGGAGCAGGAGGUCCCGGGUAUGAAGUUACGCUUAAUGGGCCUCCGGUGCACGCAUCUAGUUAGCACCAAGAAGCCCGACGCUCGUACAUUUUUUGGACUAAGACCUUUAAAAACGGGGUCAGACGGACGGACAACCGAAUCUGCCCAAGAAUAUGAUAUUCCGCAAGAACUAUUAGAUCAAUUACCUCACGAUGAUACCCACGAGCCCGGCUUAGAUCUCGGCGAGCAUCCCACAGCCGAAAAAGACGCCACCUACCGACAUCAUGGCAAAGAAAUCCUCCCAAACCCCAAACGCCCAGCCCCCGACCCCGACCCCGAGGAAUACUGGGACUGUCCCAUCUGCAGCCGGCCGCAAGCCACCGACGAGCGCCUAUUCAAUGAGCACAUCGACCUAUGUCUCUCGCGCCAGACGAUCCGUGACACAGUUCAACGCGAAUUCAAACCUAGCCCGAGCCCUGCAGCUGACGCCGCGCCACAACCCAAGAGGCGGAAGGGUAGUGCCGAGAAGAAGCAGCGCAGCCGGACAACGAAUUCGGCUGAUCCGAGGCAGACGAAGCUAUUUUUUGGUGGGGGAUUAUGAGAUAUAAUGAUGUGAUGAUAGUUGUGUAUAAUGAUGCAAAUAUUAGUAUCAUGACUCCCCCUUGGACCAUGUUGUAGUGGCUUUAUUUCCUUUAUUUUCUUUCCCUAUCGGCCUGUCCCCCAUGUUCUUCUUAAAGCUUCCUACGCCUCCUUCAUUAUAACGUGCCUACAGCCUGUGUGUAGCGGCCGCUAUGUGGCUGUGGGCUAUUCAGAAUACGUCAGGCAUAUUUGGACGGCAAUAAACUACAAUAAGCUAAAAGUGAGGACAAAGGUGGUGGAUGGCCACGAUUCAGCUUAUUACCGAGCAAGCCUCCUCUAUAGCGCUCCCGUGGACCUUACAAUCACACCUGAUAAUUAUGUUCAGAGAGACGCAAUCUACUAACUUAUUACAUACUGAUGCUACAGUUCCUCUAAGACUCACAUUGUAUAAUAAUCACCAAUUUAACCUAGAUCAGGUAUAAGUUAAAGAGUCAAGACGGCCACAUUUAAAUAUGACGUGUAGCGCAUACAGAAAGCUAAAAUAACUAUACUAUUACAAGUUUAAAUGGUAAAAUGGUAAAAUUUCCCUAC